GCCGCCGCGGGCGCCACCGGAGGGAGCCGCCGUCUCCGCGGGACGCGCCGGGCCGGAGGCCGAGUUCAGAAUGACGGAAGAAGCGUGCCGAACACGGAGUCAGAAACGCACGCUUGACCGGGACCCUGCGGAGGACGAUGUGGACAACAAGAAAAUAAAAAUGGAGGAAGCGUUGUCGGACUUGAGCCCCGACGGAGAGGCGAGAAUGACGCCUGAGGCAGGGGCAGGCCCAGCCCAGGGACCGCUGAGAGUGGCCGAGGUCAACGUGGUGGGCAGGGGUGACGGGCCAGCAGGCGACGGGCCCGUGGACAUGCGCACCUCGCACAGCGACGUGAAGGCCGAGCGGAGGCCCCCCUCGCCCGACGUGAUCCUGCUGUCCGACAGUGAGCAGCCGUGCAGCCCGCGGGUGAACGGGCUCGCCAAGGUGGCCUUGCCGGAGACCAGCGCCGAGGCCCUUCUGAAGAGCAGCCCCGAGGAGCGGGGACGCAUGAUCAGACAGCUGAAGGAGGAGCUGCGGCUGGAGGAGGCGAAGCUGGUGCUGCUGAAGAAGCUGCGACAGAGCCAGAUCCAGAAGGAAGCCGUGGCCCAGAAGCCCGUGGGCUCCGCGGGGAGUGCCGUGACCACCCCGCCCCCGCUGGUGCGGGGCACCCAGAACAUUCCUAGCGGCAAACCUUCCAUUCAGAGCUCGUCGGCGCGGGUGCCCGGCAGUGUCAUCCCUCCGCCCCUGGUCCGUGGCGGGCAGCAGGCGGCCUCGAAGCUGGGGCCACAGGCCAGUGCCCAGGUCGUCAUGCCGCCACUCGUGCGAGGAGCCCAGCAAAUCCACACCAUCCGACAGCAUUCCAGCACUGGGCCGCCGCCCCUCCUCCUGGCGCCCCGGGCCUCGGUGCCCAGCGUGCAGAUCCAGGGCCAGAGAGUCAUCCAGCAGGGCCUCAUCCGCGUCGCCAACGUCCCCAGUGCCAGCCUGCUGGUGAACAUCCCACAGGCCACCCCAGCAUCGCUGAAGGGGACGCCAGCUGGCUCUGCACAGGCCAGCUCCGCAGGCAGCAGCGUGGCAGGCGUGACCACGCCCGCCGAGUCCCCAGCCAGCCGCCAGGCGGCCGCCAAGCUUGCACUCCGCAAGCAGCUGGAGAAGACAUUGCUGGAGAUCCCCCCACCCAAGCCCCCCGCCCCCGAGUUGAACUUCCUCCCCAGCGCCGCCAACAACGAGUUCAUCUACCUGGUGGGCCUCGAGGAGGUCGUGCAGAACCUGCUGGAAACCCAAGCAGGCAGGGUGCCGGCCGCCGUGGCGCUGUCGCGGGAGCCCUACGUGUGCGCACAGUGCAAGACGGACUUCACGUGCCGCUGGCGCGAGGAGAAGGGCGCGGUGAUGUGUGAGAGCUGCAUGGCGUCGAGCCAGAAGCGGGCGCUCAAGGCCGAGCACACGAGCCGCCUGAAGGCCGCCUUCGUCAGGGCGCUGCAGCAGGAGCAGGAGCUGGAGCAGCGGCUGCUGCAGGGCGCCAGCCCCGCGCCCGCCAAGGCCGAGCCCGCCGCCCCGCACCCCGCGCUCAAGCAGGUUGUAAAGCCACGGCGGAAGCUGGCGUUCCGCUCGGGAGAGGCCCGCGACUGGAGUAACGGGGCCGUGCUACAGGCCUCCAGCCAGCUCUCGCGGGGCUCGGCCGCGGCGCCCCGGGGCGUCCUGCACACCUUCAGCCAGUCGUCCAAGCUGCAGAACGCGGCCGCGGCGCUCGUGGGCAAGGGCGGCAGACAUUCCGACAGGGCCGCGGGCGCCGGCAAGGGCAGUGCCCCCUCCAACUGGAAAAAGACGGCUCUCGGCACAGGCGGGACCCUCACGUUCGUCGGCCCGGGCCUGGCCCACAAGAGCUCCUCGGCCGUGGAGCGCCAGCGCGAGUACCUGCUGGACAUGAUCCCGCCGCGGGCCAUCCCACAGUCGGCCACGUGGAAGUAGCACGUGGAGAGGCCCGGCCCCUCCGCUCGCUCAGGAAGACGCCAUGCUCCGCAGGACCCCACGGCCCCGCGGGUGGACGGGCCUCGGACCCGGGACCUGCCCGCGGGCUGUCGACCUUGGCCUUGCAUUUUGCCUGACACCAGCAGAGCAGCAGCCCCGGGGGCUGCGUCGGCCCCGCCCUGGACGGACACUGUGACACGCGUGGCGAGGCGAGGCCGGCGUGUGCACGGCUCCCUCGGGCUUGCUCCCCUGCCCUGCCCACGCUCUCAGGCUGCUGCCUUGGGCAGUCUGUAGGUUGAAAGACUUUUCUCUUUUUUUUUAAUUUUUUUCUUUUUGGAUCACCUCAUGAUGAUGGAGCUGUAAGUGACCCAUGGCCGACCCGGGGGUCCCUGUGGCACCCGGCCUCGCCCCCUGGAGGGUGGGCUGCUGCUGCUCGUCCCGGAGACCCAGG